CGAUCGGAAAAAACAACCCCCGGUUAGAUCCGUCGCAUGAAGCUUGGUGAUGCCAGCCUGAAAUUUCGAGGGAACGACAUGUGCCAGCGAUAAUGCACGCGACACGGGUUCUUCUUAAGCGAUCAGUGUGGAAGGGGCCGCACUUGGUACCCCUACCCAUUGUAUGGCCCAAGUCAUCCAGCGAUAAGGUGCCUCCUGUGCGAACACAGGCUCGAUCAGCUACGAUUCUGCCCAACUUUGUCGGUCUCAAGUUCGAGGUGCACAAUGGAAAGGAUUACCAUGAGGUGACCAUUACAGAAGAUAUGGUUGGACACAAACUUGGCGAAUUCUCACCAACACGAAAGCCAAAUAUCUGGGACAAGAGGUAGAAUAUCAAAUAGGGACUGGAAUCUGGGUAUACCCAUGUACAAAAGACUACAUGUAACAUCACUAGAGCAAUGAUUUCAACGAAGGGAUCCAUUCGCAUAUUCAGGCGAUCUAUUGUAACCAGCUAAGAGUUUCCUGGUUUUCAUGUUUGAUAUCAUGUACGGACCCAUAUCCUUCCGUAAACGCCGAACCGUAACGCCUUGCAGUCAUGUAACCAAAUACGUACUCAGCGGUAGAACUCGCUACGCUUCACGUUGACACCGUACUCUCCAACAGCCAUACCGAGAUCCUCCAUGGUCAGAACAGUCCUGUUCUGGCUACCACCUUGUCCACCACCUCCGUAGCCCGGUCGCUGGAUACCCAGCGGUGCGCCUUUGGCCUGGUCCUUGCUUCCGGGCUGACCAGUUGGCUGACCAGGAAUAGGGAAUCCCGCGGCUGCACCAAGAGACCCCAUAGGAUUGUUGGUGUUUGAUGAUGCGCGGAUUCUGCUGUACUGGUAUGCAUCUGCGGCGAUGUCCGCGAUGAACUUCUGGGUUGCUAGGGCGAGGAGUCGCGCGAGGCGUGGAUCGGUCUGGGGGGGUGGUGGAAGACCGGCUUUGGUCAUGUAGUAGUGUGUGACUGCAUCGGGAAUCUAGAG